UCAUUUCUCUUCCAAACAACGGUUGUUUGAAUUAUAAUUGAAGUUGAAGUUCGAAUUUGCGAACCGUGUAAAAGUUUUUGAAGCGAAAUUUUAACUCGGAAUACGUUAAUUUGUAUUUCAGUGCAAGCUCUAAAGUUCUGUUCGUAAGUUUCGAUCAUAUUUCAUUAAAUCCCAUAUCAAAAUGCGUGAAAUCGUACAUCUUCAAGCCGGUCAAUGUGGCAACCAAAUUGGAGCUAAAUUCUGGGAAAUAAUAUCCGAUGAACACGGUAUCGAUGCGACUGGAACGUACCAUGGCGAUUCAGAUUUACAACUCGAACGUAUCAACGUUUAUUACAACGAAGCUUCAGGUGGCAAAUAUGUCCCGAGAGCUAUUUUGGUCGAUCUUGAACCCGGUACCAUGGAUUCCGUUAGGGCGGGUCCCUUCGGACAGAUCUUCCGGCCGGAUAACUUUGUGUUCGGGCAAUCUGGCGCGGGAAACAACUGGGCCAAGGGACAUUAUACCGAAGGCGCUGAAUUAGUCGAUUCAGUUCUAGAUGUUGUCAGGAAAGAAGCCGAAGGUUGUGAUUGCUUGCAAGGAUUCCAAUUGACCCACUCUUUAGGCGGUGGUACCGGAUCCGGUAUGGGUACUCUACUUAUCUCGAAAAUUCGCGAAGAAUAUCCCGAUAGAAUUAUGAACACGUACUCGGUCGUUCCAUCUCCAAAAGUUUCCGAUACCGUUGUCGAACCGUACAACGCCACCUUAUCAGUUCAUCAAUUAGUCGAAAACACCGACGAAACUUACUGUAUCGAUAACGAAGCCUUAUACGAUAUCUGCUUCAGAACGUUGAAACUCACCACUCCCACAUACGGUGACUUGAAUCAUCUCGUAUCUUUAACGAUGUCCGGUGUAACUACUUGCUUACGAUUCCCCGGUCAAUUGAACGCCGAUUUACGUAAAUUAGCCGUCAACAUGGUACCAUUCCCUCGUCUACAUUUCUUCAUGCCUGGUUUCGCUCCGCUCACGUCGCGAGGAAGUCAACAAUACCGCGCCUUGACCGUACCCGAACUUACUCAACAAAUGUUCGACGCUAAAAACAUGAUGGCCGCUUGCGACCCGAGACACGGCAGAUAUCUGACCGUUGCCGCCGUAUUCCGAGGACGUAUGUCGAUGAAGGAAGUCGACGAACAAAUGUUGAACAUCCAAAACAAAAAUUCCAGCUACUUCGUCGAAUGGAUCCCGAACAACGUUAAAACCGCCGUUUGCGAUAUUCCACCUAGGGGUUUGAAAAUGUCCGCUACGUUCAUCGGUAACUCGACAGCCAUCCAAGAAUUAUUCAAACGUAUCUCCGAACAGUUUACCGCCAUGUUCAGGCGUAAAGCUUUCUUACAUUGGUACACCGGCGAAGGUAUGGACGAAAUGGAAUUCACCGAAGCCGAAUCUAACAUGAAUGAUUUAGUAUCCGAAUACCAACAAUACCAAGAAGCUACCGCCGACGAAGAUGCCGAAUUCGAAGAAGAGCAAGAACAAGAUGUCGAUGAAAAUUAAUUUUAGUCUCGCUUCUAUCUAUUUAUUCAUUAUGUAAUUUGUAAUCAUGUUUUUCAACGCGCUUUGUGUACUAUGAAACCAUAUAGAAAGGGUUUCUAUUCGUUGUUUUCACCAAAGAUUUCGGUUAAAUACGCAUUUAAUUACUUCUUUUUUUACGAGAGUGAAAAAUAAUAACGCAUUUUGGAAAGAUAAAUGUUUUUUCUGGUAAUAUUAUUAUAAAUGUUUUUUUGAAUUCGCAUUGUUUAUCUGUGAAUGAUUGUAUUAGGUUAAUAUAUUUCAAUUUUCAUUCCUAUCAAAACGAUCAAUUUCUGCAUGUUUAAGCCUUUAUCUCUUUUAAGUAUUAUUCGAGUAAGCUUCUCUGCCGAAUUUUUCCAUAAUUUGUAAACUUGACGUAUUGUAAGUGAGAUAUAAAACUUGAUACUUGAUA